AUGGUAUCCGGUGGUGGGGCCUUCGACGGACAAGGAGAAAUUGCUUGGCAGCGGAAUAGCUGUGGCGGCGGAUGCAAGAAAGCACUUCCAGUUAACCUAAGGUUUGACUUCGUCACCAACAGCAUAGUCGAGGACGUGACAUCCAUAGAUAGCAAGCAGUUCCACAUCAAUCUCCUCGGCAGCAAAAACCUUACCUUCCAGCGAUUUUCGGUGAAAGCGUCGGGGCAUAGUCCCAACACGGAUGGAAUUCACAUUGGACGGUCGGAGGAGAUCAACAUUAUUGAUUCAAACACUAUGACCGGUGAUGAUUGCAUCUCCAUUGGCCGGGGGAGCAGGCAAGUACGAAUCACAAAUGUAAGGUGCGGACACGGGCAUGGCAUUAGUAUUGGAAGUUUAGGAAAGUACGAGAAGGAAGAACCUGUGUCUGGAAUUUAUGUGAAGAAUUGCACAAUAUACGACACCGACAAUGGCGUGAGAAUUAAGACUUGGCCCGCAUUGCAUGGUGGCAGUGUGUCGAAUAUCCAGUUCGAGGAUAUCGUCAUGCAAAAUGUCAGCAAUCCCAUCAUUAUAGAUCAAAUGUACUGCCCGCAUAACGAAUGCAAUCGCAAGAUGCCAUCAAAAGUUAAAAUAAGCGACGUCAUCUUCAAGAAUAUUCGAGGAUCGUCAAAAACGCCCACAGCCGUUCAAUUGACAUGCAGCAGCAGCGUACCAUGCAAGAACGUUGAACUUUCUAACGUUAACCUCCAGUACACCGGAUCUAAGGGUCCUGCAAAAUCUAUUUGUACAAAUGUUAAGCCUAAGAUUAUAGGAAAUUUGAUUCCGAGAGGAUGUUAA